AUGGUGGCUCCCGGCCUCGGGAGGCGGCUCCCGGCUCAAGCAUGGCGGCCGCGGGGGGAGGAAGCGGAAGUGCAGCUGGCGUCUGUGGCCGGCGGGCAGCGCGAGCAGGCGCUGGGCGGCGCGGCUCCGGGCAUGAAGCUGGGCCGGGCGGCGCUGGGCCUGCUGCUGCUGGCGCCGUUGGCGGUGCGGGCGGUGGAGCCCAUCAGCUUGGGGCUGGCCCUGGCUGGAGUCCUCACCGGCUACAUCUCCUAUCCGCGCCUCUACUGCCUCUUCGCCGAGUGCUGCAGCCAGAAGCGGAGCCUCAGCCGGGAGGCGCUGCAGAAGGAUCUGGACAGCAAGCUCUUUGGCCAGCACCUUGCCAAGAAAGUCAUCUUAAAUGCCGUGUCUGGCUUCAUCAGCAACCCGAAGCCCAAGAAACCCCUCACCCUCUCCCUGCACGGGUGGACGGGCACCGGCAAAAAUUUUGUCAGCAAGAUCAUCGCAGAAAAUAUUUAUGAGGGGGGCCUGAACAGUGACUUCGUCCACCUGUUUGUGGCCACGCUGCACUUCCCGCACGCCUCCAACGUCACCCUGUAUAAGGACCAGCUACAGCUGUGGAUUCGCGGCAACGUGAGCGCCUGCGCCAGGUCCAUCUUCAUAUUCGACGAGAUGGACAAGAUGCACGCCGGCCUCAUCGACGCCAUCAAGCCGUUCCUCGACUACUACGAGCUGGUGGACCGCAUCUCCUACCAGAAAGCCAUCUUCAUCUUCCUCAGCAAUGCGGGAGCAGAAAGGAUCACAGACGUGGCCUUAGACUUCUGGAGAAGGGGAAAGCAGAGGGAGGAAAUCAAGCUCAAGGACAUGGAGCACGCCUUGUCCGUGUCGGUCUUCAACAACAAGAACAGUGGCUUCUGGCACAGCAGCUUAAUUGACCGGAACCUCAUCGACUACUUCGUCCCCUUCCUGCCCCUGGAGUACAAGCACCUGAAGAUGUGCAUCCGCGUGGAGAUGCAGGCCCGCGGCUACGAGAUCGACGAGGACAUCGUCAGCAGGGUGGCCGAGGAGAUGACAUUUUUCCCCAAAGAGGAGAGAAUUUUCUCUGACAAAGGCUGCAAAACCGUGUUCACCAAGUUAGAUUAUUACUACGACGACUGAACCGCCGCUCACGAGGAGACAAGACCCGCCCCGACCUCCCCGCGCCCCAAGGAGUGACUGGAUUUGCCCUGUGGGCAGCAGCCUUCCUCGCACCGCGCCCCCAGACCUCGGGGGGAGCAGCCAGCUCCUAGCCCCCUCGUGUGAGGGCUCAUGAUUUUUUAAAAAUCAUGUUUUAAUUUCACAUUUCUGUUUCAAGGAAGGAUAAAUAAGUUUUACUAAAAAAAUGUAAUGCCUUUAUUUAAAAUGGUUUUUAAUAUGAGAAACUUCUCAGGCUCUCGGG